CUGUUGUCUCCUGGUUGGUGGCACAGAUGAAGUUAUCGCCGAUCACCUGACGCGAUGCUGACUCAGAGGGUAUCAAUCACAUUUCCUAAAGGGGUAAUGGGGGUUGCACCCCGCUUGGUCUAGGAUUACGCCAGGUCUAUAUAAUGACCACAGUUUCCCGUUGGCCCACGCCCUCCUCCAUGACUCCACACAAUCAUAAACCUGCCAGUUGACCCUCCGGCCACAUUUUCCAGUGAUCAGAACAAGUGCUACUAUUAUCCAGACACUAAGCCGCUCAGGAUAUUUUUAGAAUAAUGCCGACUACGAUACUUCCCACUUGGCCACACAUCCUGUUUGCAGUCUUGGAACCGCUUUCUGGCAUCGGAGGCUGGGUCGUCCCAUUCAACGAUGGUCUGACCCGCUUUAUCCUGGAGCAAGUACCCAGCGUCGCGCCCCCGGAGACCAUCCACCCCAGUUCCGUCGCGCUGGCCGGCCAGCUGGUCAACCUGUACGGGCUGCUCGCCGUCCUCUGCGUCGGCAUCGUCUACUCCACCAACGAGCCGAAGGUGCUGCGCAACUAUCUCGCGUGUCUGUGUUUCUCGGACGUCGGCCAUAUAUAUGCGAACUAUGUGGCCAUGGGACCCGAGGCUUUCCUCAACGUGCAGGGCUGGAAUGCCCUCGGGUGGGGUAAUAUUGCGGUCACGGCGUUUCUGUUUGUGAACCGUGUCUUGUAUCUGCUGGGUGUGUUUGGGUAUGCACAGGCUCCGAAGGCAUCGUUAAAGCAGAUGUAAGGAGCUCGAUUGAUGGACCUGAUCUCAUAAUAUGCUCGCUCAUUUGGUUGGGGGACGCGGCGUUCUGUUGAAGACCGCGCGGCUUGUACCGUAUCAGAUCUCGCCCUUCUGGCAUUCAUUUUGAGUCGCUGCUUGUUAGUAUCGAGACGACAUUAUUGCACGUAGGAAGCAGACGGCAAGAUAUCAUAAAAGUACAAGUUCAAAGAGGGUAUGGGGGGUAUGAUAAGCGACUUUUGCUGAAACGCGCUCCCGAAAGCAAGCCAUGCAAGGGUCCAAAUAGAGGUAAAUGAAAAGAACAAUAAAAGGGAGAGAAAAAAAUAAAAAAAUAAAAAAAAAAGAAGAGAAAAGAAAUGAUGUCUCAGAAUGGCAAGACCAAGCUAGAUCUCUGUAACCGCAAAUCCAGCGCCAAUUUAUUAUUCCAUGUCACAUUAAUCAUCGUGUGUCCCAAUGCUGUUCGUCUGGCUGAUACGAGCCUCGCACUAGAUUGCAGAUUCUAUCUUGAACAGAAGAUUAAAAAAAAAAAAAA